UUUUUAUGAGUGAUUAAUUUUUUCACAGUGCAUAAAUCUGCGGAAUGGUCGUUGUAUUUCAUCAUUGAUAUUCGUAGUUGACAAUAUGCACAGAAUAGCAGACAAAAUUUUGAUCGAGGAGUUUGAAGUAGAAACUAUUAUUGGAGUAUAUGAAUACGAGCGAGUUCAGAACCAAACUCUAGUGAUAAGCAUGACUCUGCACACCUGUUUUAGUAAGGUGGAAGAAAGCGAUGAUAUAGAGGACACGCUAGACUAUACGUGGAUUUGCGAUGAGAUAAAAACCAUUGCAACCGAAACAAAGUCGUUUACAUUAGAGGCUUUGGGGACGAAACUGGCACAAUGGGCGCUCUCAUUGAAAUUUGUAGAAAAAGUUGUCGUCAAGCUGAACAAGAGGGGCGCAGUUACAAACGCCAAAUCAAUCGGAAUUGAGGUGGUGAGGGAAAAAGAGGAAAUACUCAAAGAAGACACAUUUGAAAGGUCUGACCAAUAUUAUGAUAAUGAAGUCAAUGAGACUAAUGAAGAAUGUCUGUUACCAUCCGAUUCACCCUCCUCGACUAAAUCUUCUGAUGUACUGUGUUAUUUGGCUCUCGGCUCCAACAUCGGGAGGCGGGCAUGGUACAUUGAAAAGGCCAUUGAAAUGCUGAGGGCUCUUGUUGGAAAAGUGAACCGAAUUGCCUUUUUGUACGAAUUUCCGCCUGCAUACGAUACGAACCAGCCCUUUUUUCUGAAUACGGCACUGAGUAUUUAUACAAGCAUGUCUCCUGUAGACUUGAUCGAAACGGUCAAAUACAUCGAGAAGGUCGUCGGCAGAAUGCCGAGUAGAAAAAAUGGACCAAGAGAAAUCGAUAUCGAUCUUUUGUUCUAUGGAGAUUCACAAAUUCAAACUGCAGUUUUGACCGUCCCGCAUCCGAUGUGCCAUGAGCGCAACUUUGUCUUGAGACCCAUGAUGGAUAUUGCACCAGAUUUCAGGCAUCCAAUUCUCAAAAAAAAAAUUCGCGAUCUUUGGAAUGACCUUAAAUGCAAAGGCGACCAUGUUCAAGUGAUCCCAGUAAGACGAGCAAAAGUCGAAAAAGUAAUUAAGUUCGGUCCGACCUCUCCUUCCUUGGUGAUGGGCAUAGUCAACGCUACCCCCGACUCCUUUUGCGAUGGAGGAUUGUAUAAUAUAGAUCAAAUUGGUGAAAAUGUCAAAAAUAUGUGCAAGGAUUGCAAAGAUAUCAUUAUUGAUAUAGGCGGAGAAAGCACACGACCAAAUGCGCAUCCUGUUUCAGAUACCGAGGAAUCCUCAAGAGUCUCUCAAGCAUUAGAAGUCGUCCGAAAAAGUACUCUCAGAUCAUUUCCUCCAUACAUAUCUUUGGAUACAUACAAACACACCGUUGUGUCAAACGCGCUACCCUACGUCGAUAUCGUCAACGAUGUUCUGGCGACUUCUAAGUCUCAAGACUCGCCAGAUGAAUUCGACGCUAUGGCUGCUCUGAUUGCGAAACACGGCUUAUCGUGGGUCAUCAUGCACUCUCGUGGAAACCCGCAAACAAUGACGAAAUUAGCAGAUUAUCAAGUUGGAAAGGUCUUAGAAACCGUUUGUUCGGAAUUGAGCGUAGCCGUUAAUAGAGCUCUGUCGGCAGGAAUUCUGCCUUGGCAUAUCAUAAUCGAUCCAGGGUUGGGGUUCGCCAAAACAGGAUCUCAAAACCUAGAAAUUUUAUUGAAUUUGAAACAUAUCAAAAAACAACUGGGAAACUUUCCCGUCCUAAUAGGACCGUCAAAUAAGUCGUUCAUUGGAGAAAUCAUCAACCAGCCAGACCCAAUGAAACGCAACUACGGGACUCUGGCGGCAAUAGUUCAGGGAGUCAUCAAAGGAGCGGCGGACAUCGUCAGAGUUCAUGAUAUCAGAAUGGCCGUAGAUGGGCUGAAAGUCGCAGAUAAAAUUAAAAAAAUGAAAAAUGCCCAGGUGGUCAAUGAUCAAUAGAGAUGCUCUCCAUCAUCUUUUUUUCUGCCUAACAUAAAUUCGUUUCUAUACAAAAAAAAAACCGCAACCUCUAUGCGCAACACAAUUGCCAAUCAAUAAUAUUUUUAUAUUCUGAAGUAUUUCAGUGCACGCUCGACUUCUCCUUUCCAAAUCUACCUAGACGUCACAUCUGCUCUCUGUUUGAUAUACAUCAUAUACAUCGUGCAUUCCAUCUGAGAAUUUUUCUAUCAAUGUUCUCCUGACUUUAGAUAUUCUACAAAAUUAUCCAGUAUCAUGGGCCAGGCACCCUCAGAAUUAUAGUUAGAUAGGUCCGACGAAGCUUGGUCGAUAAAUUCCAAUAAUAAAUUCCAACUAUCACGAGAAA